UUUGACAUUUCCAAAAUUGUUCGCAGUCGGUUUGUUUUGUUGUUCGAUCAGUGCGCGAGAAGCAGUCCUUAUUUCAAAUCACAAAAAAUCUGUUAAAUUCACAACAUUUCUGGCAUGAGGCGUCCCAGCCGGGCUCAGUUCGAUCAAAUAUGCCGCUUGUGCUUGGAGGGUUCCGAUUUGGUCAACAUCUUCGAGCGGCAUCCGAAAACGCAGAAAGAGUCGGCCAGUUUGCUGGUUCGGGAGACGGUUGAGAUGCUCGGAUUGGCGGUUGAACCUGACGAUGGCCUUCCCAAGAAAAUUUGCAUACCUUGCAAAGACUUCCUUCGACAGUUGUACAAAUUCAAAAACCAAUGCCAGGAAGCAAGUGACUUGCUUGCUGAAGCAUUAUCCUCUGCGGUUCAGCAUACGCCUACACCACAUAUGCCUCCAAUAGCAUCUUUACCUCAAUCACCAUUUCACCCUAAGGAAAUUGACGAUGAUCACCAAGAAACUCGUGCAAAAUCUCCAUCACCGAAACCCCAAAUCUUAAUAAUUCCUGCUGCUGACCUCCUUAAACAAGAAUAUGUUCAUCAACCACAACCGGUGCCGUCAACAUCUGAAGCCGAAUCAACCGAAAAGGAACCUUCAUCGAUAGUUAUGCAAUCAGUACCAGUAUCUAAUACGGAAGCAGAUUCAAGCAGCAGUGGCCAACCAGGGAAUCCAGAUGUUAAGCUUGAAGUGUCCAAUUCGCAGACAUCUCUCGAAUGUCUGGCAGAUUCAGAAAACUAUACCGAAGAGUAUUACGAAUACUUGGAGCCCGAAACUGAAGCCAUCGAGGAAGAAGUUGUAACGGAUGACACAAUGCACAUAGAAGAAGAGGAACUGUGCAUUGAAGAUUCUCAAGAAGAAUCCUCGUCGGUUCAGCAUGUCAACGAGAUUCAUCAGGACGCAGAAGACACUGAGACCGAGAACGAAUCGCAUUCAGUGCAAGAAAUGGAACUGUCGCAAUCGGAUUCUUCGAAGCACGCCAAGGGCCAAGUUUGUCAAAUAUGUGGUAAAAGUUCCACCUGCUUGAAGUAUCACAUGAUGUGUCACACCGGUGAACGUCCAUUCGCAUGCAAGAUUUGCGAUAAAACAUUUCGCACGAGCACAAAGCUUAACAUCCACGUGAACGGAGUUCACCUAAAGGUUCGGAAGUAUGAAUGUGAGAUUUGCGAUAAAAAGUUCUUAGAUGCCGGAAACUUACGCAACCAUAUGGUAACCCAUGGCGGCGAACGAAAGUUUGUAUGCGAUUUUAAGGGUUGUGGAAAAACAUUCGCUUUGCAGGGAACGUUGACGGUCCAUAAAAAAUUGCAUACCCAGGAGAAACAGUUCGAUUGUGAAUUCUGCUCCAAAUCAUUUUUGUACAAAUGGUUAUUGGUAAAACAUCACAGGACACAUACAGGAGAACGGCCAUACGAGUGCGAUAUAUGCCACAAGAAAUUUUCUACAAUUACCCAUAUGCAUACGCACAAAAAAACACACGAUCCGGACAGAGAAAGACAGGGCAGAAAACGGAAGCCUCCUUCUAGCUUCGAUGAAGAUAUGUCGCAUUCAAACUAAUGCAGAGUGCUGGAAGAUGUUUGUGUUAAUCAGCAAACAAACGCAGGCAAUACAAUAACAUCGUAGAAACCUCCAUGAAUGAAUGGGGAAUUAUAAUUUUCUAAUAAUUCCCAGCUGGGGAUCUAGGAUCGAAUUGUGUAAGUUUGGAACACGUCUACCUUUUCCAUCUAACUACCUUACUGCUGAACGACCAAUCAUACUUUUCGAAGUUGGCGGUACAGAAACGAAAAGAAAGCGCACUGAAGUAGCGCGAUAUACUUCCGUUUUCAUUAUAAAUCAGUACUCUGUAAAGUUAACACGUGGAUUGAAUGAUUUCUCAAAUCAAA